AUGGAGAGAGCUCUAACAAAAGUGAACAGCUUAAAAGUUGGAAGCUUGUGGAUCUCAAAGAAGGCUAAGGAAGAGUUCUCUAACAUCUCUGACGACCUCACUACUUUCUCAAACACUGUCGAGGAGAAGGCAAAAUGGGUUUUCAACAAACUAAAAGGAAAGCCACCAAAAAGCUUACCAGAUCUCCUUCGAGAGUACAACUUGCCGCCGGGGCUCUUUCCGCAGAACAUAACCUGUUAUGAGUUUACUGAAUCAAACGCCAAGCUGAUAGUGUAUUUGCCCUCUCCAUGUGAAGUUAGCUUCAAGGAUUCUUCUGUUAUACGGUACGCAACCCGGGUAAAGGCAAUUCUUCUCAGGGGAAAGCUCACAGGAAUAGAGGGAAUGAAGACCAAGGUUGUAGUAUGGGUUAAGGUCACUUGUGUGGCACUCGAAAGUUCCAAGUCCGAUAAGGUGUGGAUUACAGCCGGCGUUAAGAAGUCAAGACCCAAGGAUGCCUAUAUAACACCCCGUGACUCUGUUCGAGUAGAAGAAUUCUAA